GAUUUUACUCACAAACGCGUUACCGAUCAAGUGCCUUAGCAAAAAUCCCUUUCGAUUUCUAGGGUUUGAAGCAGAGUAAGAGCGGAGACAGAGAGAGAGAAGCCCUAGUUCCCCUAAUCGAAACUAUGGCUCACCACCACUCAGAGUCCGACGACGAAGAUUACUCCUAUGACGACGAUUCCGAGUCCGAGCAAGAAGAAGAAGAAGAAGAGGAACCGAGAAGCUCGCGAAAGAAGCGGGGAAGAUCAAAUCCAGAUCAUUCAGUCGGUAGCGCGCGUGGGAAGAAAAGGAAGCCUUCGGGUUCCAUAUUCAUAGAGGAUGACGUCAUCGUAGACGACGACGAAGUAGAAGACGAGGACGAUGUCGAGGACGGUUUCAUUGAACACGGUGAAGCUGACCUUGGUGAUGAGGAUGUUGUUGGCCGUCGUCACAGGCCUUUUCACGAACCGGCGGCGUUUCGUUCUCGCGUGGGUGCUGAAGAGUAUCUUGAUUUCAUGCAAGAAAAGUAUUCUAACCCUCGCGCAGAGUAUGACGAUGAAGAUGAUUACGAAGACGGAGAGCCUACCCACGUUGAUCAACAAGCGCUCUUGCCAUCAGUUCGUGACCCCAAGCUGUGGAUGGUGAAAUGUGCGAUUGGUCGUGAAAGAGAGGUUGCUGUUUGUCUUAUGCAAAAAGCCGUGGAUAGAGGAUCGGAUUUCAAGAUCAGAUCUGUUAUUGCGCUUGAUCAUCUCCAGAACUUUAUAUACAUUGAAGCCGAUAUGGAGGCUCACGUUAAAGAGGCUAUCAAGGGCAUGCGGAAUAUUUUCGCAAAUCAUAAGAUUUUACUUGUCCCUAUAAGAGAAAUGGCAGAUGUUCUUUCUGUAAAGAGUAAGACAGUUGAGCUAGCACGUGACACAUGGGUUAGAAUGAAACUCGGGAUAUAUAAGGGUGAUCUAGCUCAGGUUGUUGAUGUUGAUGAUGUGCGUAGGAGGGUCACAGUCAAAUUAAUCCCAAGAAUUGAUCUGCAGCUUCUAGCCGAUAAGCAGGAAGGAAGUGUGAUUGUCAAGAAGAAAUCUUUUGUUCCACCUCCACGCUUCAUGAACGUGGAUGAGGCAAGGGAACUUCACAUACGCGUUGAGCGCCGACGUGACCGGAUGACGGGUGAUUACUUUGAAAAUAUCGGUGGUCUGCUUUUCAAAGAUGGCUUCCUGUACAAGAAAGUAUCAACGAAGUCGAUUUCCACUCAGAACGUUACACCAACAUUCGAUGAACUUGAAAGAUUUAAGAAAUCAAACGAAAAUGGGGAGAUCGACUUUGUUGAUAUGUCCACUUUAUUUGCAAAUAGGAAAAAGGGUCAUUUCAUGAAAGGUGAUGAGGUUAUUGUUGUCAAGGGAGAUUUAAAAAAUAUGAAGGGUUGGGUUGAGAAAGUAGAUGAAGAGAAUGUUCUUAUCAGAUCAGAGAUGAAAGGUCUUAAUAAUCCUCUUGCUGUAAAUGAGAGAGAGCUUUGCAAAUACUUCGAACCUGGAAAUCAUGUGAAGGUCGUUUCUGGCACCCAUAAAGAAGCAACCGGCAUGGUUGUCAAAGUUGAUCAGCAUGUGCUUUUCAUUCUAACUGAUACGACCAAGCAACAUAUUCGUGUCUUCGCUGAUCACGUCGUGAAGAGUGCAGAAGUGACUAACGGUGUCACAAAAAUGGGAGAGUAUGAACUUCAUGAUCUUGUGCUUCUAAGUAACUUGAGCUUUGGAGUUAUCAUAAAACUUGAUAGUGAAGCUAUCCAGGUUCUUAAAGGGAUUCCUGGAAGAACGGAGCUGGCUAUUGUCAAACACGGAGAAAUAAAGUACAAAAUUGAUAAGAGAAUCAAUGUGAAAGACCGUAACAAAAAUGUCAUCACGGUGAAAGAUGUUGUCAGGGUCACUGAGGGUCCUAGCAAAGGUAAACAAGGUCCAGUUAUGCACAUCUAUAAAGGAGUGUUAUUUUUACAUGACCGGCAUAACGUUGAGCACGCUGGAUUUGUCUGCGUUAAAUGCUCAUCUUGUGUUCUUUCCGGUGGAUCAUACUCUGGCGCUGACAGAAUUGUUGAUUCUUUCUCAAGGUUGGGCAAUUCCAAGUCACCAGCCCCGGUGCCCCCAUCUCCAAGAAGAUUUCAACGGGCGGACUCGGGAUAUAACUCUGGAGCUGGAGGAAGACAUUGGAGUGGAAGAGGAGGAGGAAGGGGUGGUCACGAUCUUUUGGUUGGUGCUUAUGUGAAAGUUCGUCUGGGGCCUUUCAAGGGAUAUAGAGGUCGUAUAGUAGAAGUCAAAGAGAAGACAGUGCGUUUGGAACACGAGGCAAAGAUUGUGACAGGCAAGCUCAAUCUUCCUCUACACACACACUUGGUUGCUGCAUGUUGA